CUCGACCCCAUCUUGCCCGUGAACCAGACCAACCACUUCGACGGUAUCCUCCCAAGGCAAGCUGUUCUAAGAUGAAGUUACCCUGGACUAGACUCAUCCGGUUCGUCGCUACCGACGGCCGAGUUCUGCGCGGCGAGCCAGUCUUGCCCAGCGAGGAUUUCGACCUGGGCAAUGUCACCGAGUCCGACCAGUUGAAGGCCAAAGUCAUCGUGGGAGACGACAUUUUCGAUACGACUGGCAAGACCAAAGUGACGGAUGAGAUUGUCACGGUGAAGAAACUCCUUGGUCCAUUGGCUCGAGAGGAGGUGCCGAUUCUGCGAUGUGUCGGGCUGAAUUAUGCAAAGCACAUCAAGGAAGCCGGUCGACAACCUCCACCAUUUCCUUUCAUUUUCUUCAAGCCGAACACCACAGUCCAGGAUCAUGAUGCUCCGGUGGUAAUACCGAAGCUCGCCCAGGACGACCAGGCCGAUUACGAGGGAGAACUGUGUAUCGUCAUUGGCCGCGAUGCCAAAGACGUCCCCGUCGAGCAAGCCUUGGACUACGUAGGUGCCUAUACAGCCGGCAACGAUGUCUCGUCGCGGAAACUCCAACGAGACCCGGAGCUGGCGGGCAGGGUGCCUCAAUGGGGCUUUUCCAAGGGCUUCGACACCUUUGCGCCCCUGGGCCCGUGUCUCGUGGCUCCCGACCUGGUCGGGAACCCCGCGGAGCUGCACUUGAAGACCAUCGUCGACGGCGAAACACGACAGAGCGAAAGCGUGUCCGACCUGCUCUUCGAUUGCCCCUACAUCAUCUCCUAUCUGAGUCAGGGAACGACCCUGCAGAAGGGGAGCGUCAUCAUGACGGGAACGCCAGGAGGCGUCGGUUCGGGCAUGAAGCCUCCGAGAUAUCUCACCCCGGGCACCAAGAUGGAGGUGCAGAUAUCGAAGAUCGGGACACUGCGUAAUACCGUAGAGUUCGCCUGAGGGCCACUGUCAUGGCGAGUUUGCCUGUAUGGAGCAAAAGCCGUUCCACAGAGGCGAGGAAAGCGUACGCUAUUAGAACUGCAUGCAUUAGAUAUAAGGUCUGACUUGUUGGACGAGCAUUGAAAUCCGAAUAUUAUAGCUAAGCUGCC